AUGGAAAGUACACAUAUUAGUAUCAGGGAGAAAUAUUUUAUACAUUUAUUUAAUUAAGCAGUGCCACAUCAUCAAGAUCUAGUGGCUUUAUGUUUUUAGUGUAUUAACAUCAAAUAAGAAUCGAUUGUUAUUUUUAUUACGGUGGAAACUUAUUACCAAUUUCGUGCGAAAAAAAGAAAAAGUAAUUUUUUACAUUGCUUUUUUAACAUUUAGUUUUAAUUUUUGUGUUAAUAUUUUUGAACAAUUGGACAAAUUUUGAAAUUAUUGAUAACAGAAAAUCUGCAACAGCAAUGUACUCAUUGAAACAAAAAGCAAGAAAUUAA